AUGGUAGUAUUAAUUGAACUGGGUACUUCAGUACAUAUACAACGAAAAAGGAAUGAAGCAUAUUCAAGUAUGACCUGUUCAUUGAUGGAUUACACAGCUACAGCAAAAUGCGUUCUCACGCAAAGCCAGCUGUCAUGUCGAGAUGGUUUCACAAGCGAAUGGGUUAAAGGUACAAAUAUUGACAGAUACGAAAUAAAAUACCUUGAAAUUCUGGAAUGGCCUGGUGCAUGUUUCAACGUCGGUCGUCUUCAAGAGCAUUUUCCUGAACUACGCGUUCUGGAGUUCAUCAAUUGUACUAUGUUAAUAAAGUUCAAAGGCCGCUUUGAAGAAAACAGUAAAAUUGAGAAAAUAGGAAUACAUGGACUAACAUCGCUAUGGGAAGUACCUGCAGAAGUCGUAUCCCAAAUGCCUGAAUUACGCGAGUUGGAUCUCAGAGGUAAUAAACUGCGACAUAUCAGAGCCCGCCUAAUAAAAGGACCUCCUCAGUUGGAGCGAGUGUACCUUAGCAAUAAUAAAUGGGACUGCAGUGACGGUGGAUUGGACUGGCUGGCCAUGGAGCGGGACAAUAGCACUGUCAAACUUCGUAUUGUGGAUUAUUAUCAACUUAUCUGUAAUCAAAGGCUUUACAAGGGAAAACCACUUCACAGAGUUAUGGAUAUUAUUAAGAUGGUGCGUCAAACCUGUCCUGAACCCUGUUCAUGUGCAAUGACACAUGUAGUGUCGGAUCUUGCUGGGGCCGUGAUACCGAUGAUCACUGUAGACUGUUCCAACAGACAUUUAGAAAUGCCACCGGCCACUCUACCGCCUGGAACUACUACUUUGAGACUGGAAAACAAUAAGAUCAACACAAUAAGGAUGAUAAUACAGAACCCUCAAUAUAAGAAACUCGCAGAUUUGUAUUUAGACAAUAACAGCAUAUCAACCGUUAAAGAACUAGAAGGUUGGGAGUGGUUUGGAACAUUCCGUGUUUUAAGUUUACGAGGAAAUCUGUUGAAACAGAUUCCUGUGUAUGCGUUUGAUAAGGCGAUCCAAGCCAAUAAUAAUAUAAUGCACUUACUGUUGGGCCAUAAUCCCUGGCGAUGCGACUGUCACUUUAUUCCCAGAUUUCAAGCCUUACUACAUAAGUAUAAGCGAGUGAUACGCGACCAGCUAGAUAUAAGAUGUCCAAAGUCCGAUGAUAAAACUAUCUCUCUUGCACAGAUUAGUGUAAUGUCUUUAGGAAAUGUAUGCAGUAGAAGUCAAGUAAAAAUGCCCAUAAGCUACAUAAAUAUUAUUAAUUUAACUCUAGCUGCGCUCAUUUCAUUAAUUAUUGGACGGUUUCUAUACGAUUGGCAUAAUUUUAAAACAACUGGAAAAUUACCUUGGAUAUCAUCAAUUUUACCAUAA